GCAGCCAGGGAGUGGCUCAGUUCAAUGAAGGCCUCCUGCGCGCCUAGCUGGCGCCACGUGCACCUCCGACAGCGCUCCCAGAAGCGCGGGUAUACUACUGAGGGCGGCUGCAGCCCUGCAAGGUGCGGCUGGGGGCCAGUAACGCGGUGGCUCUCGCUUCGGCUGGCUAGGCGGCAGCCAGCGGCGCUCAACCCCAGUGGCACUCCUUCCGAAGGCGCCGCCUGCCUGCCUGUUAGCCCGCCGCCCAUCAGUGGGUUCGUCCCGCUCCAGGCUUCGCAGGACGCGGGACCUCCACCCAGCCUGUCGCCCGUGUCCCUGACCACGGCGUGGCACAGCGUGGCCAAGCGAGCGCAGCCUAGGUGCAGACCCACCCACUCGCCACUCAAGUCGUCCGACGGAGCCCUGCCGCUCGCUCACAAGCUGAAAAUAACUGGCCAGCCCUCCCUCUGUGCCUUGGUGGCCCCAUCCCCUGCUUUGACCAUGGAGACUCUCAGCAGCUGCUGGACUGCCUCCCUCUCUGAGCUGGUGCCCACUGGUUACCUGGCUCAGGUCUUCCCAGGCUGCCCUGAGGUAGAAGGCCUCCCUGGGAAGGUGGGGCUGAAGGAGUCUGAGCAGUGUGAUAAGGAUGACUUGAGUCCCGGGGAAGAGAGUGGUCAGAACAGGAAGAAAACCAAAGUCAACAAGAUCUGGAAUUUUGUGAGCUGCAGAAAAGGGGCCUCCAGUCUGGGGAAGCGACCCCAGUCCAUGAUUUUACUGGAAGACACCUCCAGGCCGUCAGAGUUGAAACCCAAAGUCACGUUAAUGGAUCGAACGAAGUCAUUCAAGAGGUUGAAGCCUUCAACUGGGGCCUCCAAGAAUACUGACCCUAGGAGCAGCAAGACCCAGGAAACCCAGGAGGCCCCAGGUAUCUACCAGAUGAGGAAAGCCGAGGAGGCCCGGAAGCCCUUCCGCCACUCCUACGCGGGCCACAUUGAGGGCUUGGAGACCUUCCUUGCAGAUGUGCAGAGGCUGGUGCACACCCCAGGAGGGUGA